AUGGAUCUGGUGCUGGAGUUUUACGACGAGCAUGGCCAGCCCUUGGGGCUGCCUCGCUGGCCGGGCGGUGUUCAACAGUGGAUUCCACAUGUUCCGCUCGUGGCCGACUCCAUGCACCCGCAUCGCAUGACCCUGAGUGCUGCCUUUUUGUCUCAUUUCGAACUCAGCAUGAGUCAUUAUGACUCGAUCCGCCACCUCAAAGAGGUCCUGGUUCAGACGGUACCCUUUUUAUCCCCAAACCUUGCAGUGAGCCGGCGAAUCGACACCGUCUCGUUCUGCGGCCAAGAAUUGCGCGAUGAAAUGAUUCUGAGCGACUCUCAGGUGCGAAUCAUCAACAACAGUCAAAAAGGUAUGACUACGCUGCAGGGCCAGAAGGAACACCUUCACGUCAUUACCAAGCCCCUCGUCCAUCUCUGGGAUGGUGACAAAGCUAUCAUCCUUGAGCUCGAGAGCUGGGAUCCCACCACCGUCACCACCGACGACCUAGCCAGCGCGCUCUACGAGAAGGCCCGCCGAUCGCCUGCCAAUACCCACAUUGUUCGCCGUUACCCCACUGUCCGCCCCAUGCUGUGUACUCCGGGCCACCACCUCUAUGGAUUUGCCGGCCAGAAGGAUAAGGGGAUCUGGACCAAGGCGCCACACCCUGGAGUGCUGCAGGGCUGCGAUCUCACCACUCCUCCAGACUUGCGCUUGGAAAUUGCGCCUGCCACUCUUGUGAGCCAAAUUCAAGCCGAGAAAUCCUCGCGCCUGCCUGAUCGUCAAGGGGCUGUGCGGGCCAUCGCCGCUCCCUACCAUGCCCUCACGCCCGGCUGGAAGGGUGCCGAGUUUGCCGCAGAUGCUACCGUUCAACCCAUUCAAGGCUGGGCGUACUUGCCUUCCAAGCGUGAAAUUGAUCAAGAGGGAGGCCAUUAUGCGCAUGCCACGCCUUUCACCUCGUACGGGGAUGCACACAUCAAACUGGGCGACAACGGGCAGUCGAUGACUGCACGCUAUGAGUUGCUUGUCGGUGACAGUGAGGUCAAGAUUCUCAUGUGCGCUCCGUUACCGGAGCAUGCCGAAGGCGACGGCCCCGCUCCCGAACUCAUUCUCACUGCAACAUUGGGGAAAGGUGUGUGUGUGUGUGUGUGUGUGUGUGUGUGUGUGUGUGUGUGUGUGUGUGUGUGUGUGUGUGUGUGUGUGUGUGUGUGUGUGUGUGUGUGUGUGUGUGUGUGUGUGUGUGUGUGUGUGUGUGUGUGUGUGUGUGUGUGUGUGUGUGUGUGUGUGUGUGUGUGUGUGUGUGUGUGUGUGUGUGUGUGUGUGUGUUUGCGUGUGCGCGCGGCCUCGUGCUACUACAUGCGCGGUACACAAGGCGUCCAGUGGACGGCAGAGAUGCCUCCCAAUCCCGUCAUGUCGUCGCCCUUUUGCCUCUUUCAGCUGACCGAGAAUGGUGUUAUUCCCGACGUGGUGACCUCUCCAAUGGGGCGCCGAUACGCCAAUAUUCAGGAUCGUGCUUUCUUGGUGGUGAUAUGCGAUGGAACUUUUGACUUGGCCUACAGCAAGGAUUUUAUGGACAUCCAGACAUUCAUGGCCAAGCAUGCUUCUCAGCCCUGUGUCAUCAUGGGUGACUUUGGCUUCCUGCGAGACCAUCUCUUCUGGAACGUUUCUCUCGUGGUGUUGUGGCAAGUGCGCGAACUUUCGCAGGUGGCCAUGAACAUGCAGGAUUUGUUGCGUUGUAUGCCCUUUUUUGUGGAGUCACUGCGAGUCGAAGGUUUCCAAGAGCUCGAACUCAAGACCAAGAAAUACGGCCAACUUUGUGGGGUGGGCCCGCCGCCCACCACGGCAUCCACCAAGAAACACCCGCCCAUUCAGCGCACGGCCUCUGUUGCUGCAGAUGCCCAGCAGCAGCUUUCAGCCGCAGACACGGCCAAACUUGCUGCCGUGCGCCUGCGAGCUCAAGCAAGCGAAGAAAAAUAG